AUGGCACAAGCGGGUCGGAGGGUGCGGGAGCAUGCACGCGCCGUACUGCAAGAGCCCCUUCGCAAGAUGGUGACAACCGAUAUUCGGAUGCCCAUAGUGGGCCUGGGCUGCUGGAAAGCUGACAAGGGCGUAACCGAAGAAGCAGUUUACAAUGCCAUCAAGGUUGGUUAUCGGCACAUCGACAGCGCAGCUGACUACGGAAAUGAGCAGGAGGUGGGCGCUGGAAUUCGGCGGGCCAUCCAGGAAGGCGUGUGCACUCGAAGAGACCUCUGGAUUAGCUCCAAGCUGUGGAACACCUAUCACAGGAAGGAGCACGUGCCGAUGGCCUGCCAGCGCACACUGGACGAUUUGGGACUGGAUUACUUGGACCUCUAUCUCAUCCACUUCCCCAUCUCGCUAGCAUUUGUGCCGUUCGAGACAUGCUACCCGCCGGAGUGGACAGACAAACCAGGAAAUACUGGCCACAUGGUCUUUGAUCCUGUGCCAUAUCGUGAGACCUGGGAAGCCAUGGAGAGCCUGCAGGAAAGCGGCAAAGCAAGGCACAUUGGAGUUAGCAACUUGACAGUCCAGUCGCUCAUGGACGUGCUCUCCUACUGCAAGAUUCGACCAGCGGUCAACCAGAUUGAGAGCCACGUCUACCUGCAACAGCCCAGCCUUGUGGGAUUCUGCAAGGCACACGGAAUCGGGGUGACGGCAUUCUCACCGCUGGGGGCGAAGUCCUACGUGGGCAUUGGGCUGGCCAGUGCUGACGAAGAUUGCUUUCUGGAGCCAACUCUGAGGACAAUUGCGGACGCGCAUGGCAAGACUGUAGGCCGGGUGCCUACCACUGGAAUACGCUGA